GGUGUGGCUAUUCUAGUUAUAAAUUUUAAAAUGGCAGCAGAAGGUGCUAAAGAUAUUCUACCUGAUCUAAGUGAUCUUCCUACCUUUACUGAAGAUUGGGAGGUUCAUAAGUUCCAGUCUAUAAUGGAGUCCAUUAAUUCAGAUCCAGUAGAUAUUACAUCAUUAAGAGGAGAGGCUAUUACUAAAGGAGGUCUAUUGUGUAAUGAAUUGAGGAGGAGAGCAUGGACCAAACUAUUAGGAAUCAACAUAUACAACAUACCAUCAUGUUUUUUUUAGAUUAUAAAGAUAAGAAUCAGGUUAUAUUAGACGUUAACAGGUGUGGGCGUUGCCUACCUAAAGAAUUAUUGAUAGAGCGUAUUAAUUCAAUACAGGACAGUUUAAUAAGA